AUGGCUAUGGCAACGUGUGAUCUAGUUUGGGUCAAGCAGUUGCUCAAGGAGUUGAAGUUCGGAGAAAUCAACAAGAAGGAACUGGCAUUUCUCCCUGGCCCUCCUGUCAGGGUAACUGGCCGAGGAGUUUCCAUUAGUGAUGAGCAAAAUCCUUUUCUGACUGGGGAAAGCGCUCAUCCAGAGAGAUCAGGGUUUGAUGGUCCAGGGACAAAGGAGCCUCUGAAAUUUGACAAUUCAUACUUUUGUCCUCGCUACUCCUGUGGAGUAGGGGUAAGGGAGCUGCUAAAGGGAGAAAAUGGGGACCUGCCGGAACUUCUCACUGACAAAGCUUUACUGGAUGAUCCUGUGUUCAGACAUCAUGUUGAGCUGUAUGCUAAGGAUGAAGAAGCUUUCUUUAGAGAUUAUGCCAUAUUACAGAAGAAACUCUCUGAGCUAGGAUUUAUCCCAUGUUCAUCUGGUUCUAAGGUGACAGUGACGGACAGCACUAUAUUGGUGCAAAGUGCUGUAGGCGUUGUUGUUGCUGCUGCAGUGGUGAUACUGAGUCACUUGUACAAGGGCAGCCCUGUGCACAAGACAUCCCCUUCACGUAGGAUUCAGGGAAGGGUCGCACUCCAAGGGAGGUGACGUAGACAACCUACCUUAAUACAAGCAUUAGUGACCGCUUUUACGGUUCGAACCUGUGACAUGCCGAAAAAGAAUGAAGUGAAUUCAGCACUACAAAUUGCUUUGUUACUCUGUACUAACUACAUGAGUUAGUGUACCUCAUUUUUGGUUUUCACUAUCCUUCUGAAAUAACAGCCUGCAGAGCCAUCUAAUUGAAUUAAAUAGAAAGAUAUAGUUUCAUAAUGGUUUGCUCGACUUGUUUGUUUUGAAGAUGACCUUUUUAAUCUCAACCUC